AACCUUUAUUUACUUAUGAAUAAAAACCCACCGCACUGCAAACUGCGUUCUUGAUCCGGCCACGCAACGAGGGUUGAACAAGCCGCUAUACAGAAUCGUUACCUACGAUGCACAUGAUCACAGUUUACUAAUAAGUUCUGAAAAAGUUGAGUUGGGGGGGGGGGUCCUCUCGGUUUCAAAAAAAGCACGUUUGGGGAGACAACGGCAUCACGAUCACUUCCCAGCACCGCCACACACAGACCACAACUCCGAGAAGUAGGGACGAUCGGGCAGAGUUUUUGAAUCGUGGGGAGGAGGGGUCUCUGUUCUUUACACCGCCGUUUUUUAUGGUAUCCCUGCCUUGCUUUCAACGGAUCAUCCCGAAGUCCAGCCCGGUGUGUGUGUCACAAAAUCCUACAUCCCAGGAACGACGUUGCACGACAACAAGGCAGUUCUUCGUCCGGUGCAGCCCCACUCGGCGCGCCUCCACCGAAAACUAACGCUUUUUUUGAACUCCACGGGAGUGGAUCUCCUCCUUGCUGGAAUCGGUCGGGUUGCUCCCUUUCCGAGGAGCAGUCGAGGGAAAGGCUGGUCGGCUUUUGGCAGCCCGCAGCCACACCCUGCCGGCUGGCGGCCGUCCAACCGGGCUGGCUACACCUGGCGCGGAAGGAGGCCGGCGAGCCGUGGGCAGGAGGCGGCAUUUAAAGACGCGCGCAGCUGCAGCGCGCUUGUUUCCGAACGCUCAGCCCGGUCGGUGCACGAUGCUCUUCGCUCGCUGCCUGCGGACGGCGCUCUUGCUUUUGCUGGCCCCGACGACGGCAUGCGGGGCGGCCGUAGCCGCACGGGAGCCCGACGGCGACAUCGGGCCCGUUUGUCCUUCUUCUUCUCCGGCCGGCUGCGAUUCCCCCGAGAGCGACCGUAAAGCGACUUGCGACGACGAGAAAGCCUGCCGAGUCCGGGAGGAGGGCGAAUCCUGCGGCGUCUAUACGCCCAGCUGCGCCCUCGGGCUGCGCUGCGUCCCUCGGCCAGGCGAGCGCACGCCUUUGCAAGCCCUGUUGCGCGGGAAGGGCGUCUGCUCGGCCCCGCAGCCCAAGAAAGGGGGCGGCAAGAACCAGACGGAGAUCCUGGAGCUCGUUGCAGGUGAUGGCAGAAGGGAAAAUUACCAGACAGAUAAUCCAACUCUGGAACCUCUCCUCCUUCAGAUCCAAGACCCUUUGCCAGAUGUCACGGUGGACAAAUCCCAGCUACAACAGGGCCCCCUAAAUAAUGGUAUUAAACAGGAAUUGGAUAUGGGUCCCUGCCGCAGCCAUUUGGCAGCCAUCUUGCAGGAGCUGAAAGCCCCCCUCUACAUGAACGCCGAAGAUAUCUUCAUUCCCAAUUGUGACACCAAAGGCUUUUAUAGGCGGAAACAGUGCCGGACCUCCAAAGGUCAGAAGAGAGGCCGAUGCUGGUGUGUGGAUAAGAGAGGCCAUCGAUUGGAGGGGCUGGAAGAGAGCCCCCUCUGCCUGCUUGCUAACAAUGACUGAGGGAUGCAGAAAAACCGGACACCACCAGGGUCCAGCAGCAGAAUUCUUGACUGAGGGGACUCGUCUUAUUAGAACAGUCCUGGAAAAUCUUUGCUUGUAAUUUAUUGCACAGUUGUUGCCUUGUUGGGAUCCUGCCUUCCCUGCGAUAACUUUCUUACGGUGUCUAAUAAUACUCUACAAAAGACUGCUCAGAGAAAUAGCAGACUGGGGUCUUGUACUUGCAUGACCAAAGAGGGGUGUUGAAUAAGCUACCGGUAGUUGCAUUAAAGCAAUAAUGCUGGCACUUGAAUCAAUUCUCUUAUACCAGUAAAGAUGCUUACAAGGAACAAGAAUAGCCAGUUCCUGGAGGUGCUGUAUGUAUACUUGGUAUACCUUCUAUAAAUUGUGUAGGGAGAUCAGGAUUUAUCUUAUACAUGCUACCAAAUAGAUGUGGAAGGGGUUUUAAUAGCACAAUUAUAGUACUCAUUAAGGGUGAUGUAGAGGAAGUAAAAUUUGCCCAAGUUUUUAAUGGCCAACAUCUACAAUGUACGCAAGAAAAUGAAAGUGGUACAGAUACUGGAACUGAGAUGUAUGGAAGUUUUAGAUGUAGCUUUAAUGUUUUUCGCACUCUCCCUUCUGUUUUGUUUCAUGGCUCUCCUCAGCAUAUCCUUUUAAAGUUAUCUGAAAUGACAGGAAAACCUGAAGCUGCCUUCCACGCAGAAAAGCAGUGGAUGAUGGAUUAUCCCUAUUUGCCAUAACGUGCUUUAAUUUAAUAUGUUUAAACAGAUAGGUCUCUAGUUCUAUGUUUUACUAUACGUUUGGUUUCAAUAAAUUGGAUGAUUAUGCCAUUUUAAUGAUUUGAUGAUACUUUAAAUCCCUGAUGCGAGGAAGCGAAAAUUACUUCUUUUGGAGAGAGCUUUUUUAAAACACCGGGUUGCAUUCAAAAUUUAAUUUUCACUGGCAAGUGGAAUUAAUAGUUCUUUGUAACUUGACAGAUUGCUUACUUAUAAAACAUGAAGUAUCUGGUUAAUAAUUGAGGUGUUUUAUUUACUUCUAAAUGAGCUCUUUAAGAGGCUAGCAGUGUCAAGUGUUUUGCUGGGUAGAGAUGUGAAAACAAAGUUAGUGUAGAAAGAUGGAAAACAAAGGCCCAAAUUAUGCAGCUGGUAAGAAGGGCAUGGAUGUUGUCUUACAGAUCAGCACAAUGGAUCUGGCUUCCUGUAUGUAAACAAAGCAUUUGUUGUAUCAGUCUCCUGGAUGCUAGAAAAUUUUCAUCUUAAUAGUCAUAGUCACCACAAGUAUUUAGAAUACAUGAUUUGUGUGUAGGAGGGGGGGAAAUCUAGCCCAUUUGACAGGAUAAAAUUACUGGAAUAUUGGGCAAUAAUGUUGGACAAUAAAUUACACAAUUGUAAUGAAUUGGAAAGCUUGCCUAAAAUGGAAAAAAGGUCUGUCUCACAGCUUUGCUUCUGACAGGGUUCAUAAGUUAACCUAUGGUUUAUAAAUCAUAGUGGCUACUGUCACAACUAGCAAACCAAACCACAUUAUAAUGAACAUGUAACCAUUAUUCUCUUUGGUUCUCUCCCAUCCGUUUUAGAUAAGACUGCUCUUUCUUUCUUGUACUUAAAGAAACAAAAUGCAAUAUAUGACCAUUUGAUUCUUGUUGUAGCAUUACGGUGCAAUUCUGAUGUUAUAAUUUUGGGCUGGUUUAUACAGGAGCAUCUAGACAGGCCUACAUCCAUGUUGAACUGAAACUAUAAGAUCAAAUUAAGUGACAAAUGACACAGCAUAUGUGAAUGUGAUGUGAAUCAUAGGACGUUUUACUGAAAGCAAGACUUUUAACCUUUUAAUAUUUUAAAUGUGAAAUUUAUAAUAACUGCUCAAGCACAAAAGUUGGGAAGUCAGACUGCUGUUGAUGAUUAAAGAUAUAGUAAGUGGA